AUGGACAGCGGACUGGUCGAAAACCUCACGGCGCUGCAACAGCCCCGCGUAGUCCUACGACCUGGGACAAAUUACAAUCGAUCUUCCGGCCGCGACCGCCAGCCACGUUCGGCGGGUACCGGGACUCCGUUAGGCCUUGAUCGUUACUCUGACACUAGCCGAAAGCCACACAAUGUCUAUGGCACCGAUGUAGACUCCUUGGAAAUUUCCAUCGAGUAUCUUGCUAAUGACCGCCUCGACGUGCUCGCUCCGCAAGCCACCUCCAUCAAGGGCGUCUUCCCUAGCCUCAAGCACGGCCAUGUCCACGUUUUUGUGGGUGGAGGCACCGUCUUGCCGACGCAGGAGCCAGCUUUGACUACGAAGGAGGCGCGUGGCAUGCCCUGGUCUUUGCUCGUCGCCCUUGGUGCCAGUGGUGCUGCCUCUGGGCAGUUGGUCAAGGGGUCCAGCUUAAGUGCCAGGGCAAAAGGUGACUGGGAGGAGUCAAAUCCUCUCGCUACUGUUACUAUUCUCGGUGUGUCUAAGAAGCCUGGCGCUGUCAAGUUUAAUGGUGAACCUGUGCCGGCUUCUGGGGUGCACUAUAAUGCUACAUCACAUGUGUUGUCUGUUGGUGGGCUGUAA